GUGGUUAGAGAGGAGAAGGAUCAGCUUUCUCCUGUGAGUGUAGGAGACAUAUCCCUUGUUUCCGAAGGCCUACUUAGGAUAUCAAAAGUUCACCUCGAUGAUAGAGGAAAGUAUUUAUGCUGGGUCAACAACUCUGCAGGCGAAGAAACUGUACAAGUGACUCUCACAGUGACCGCACCGCUGAGCGCCCACAUCCAGCCACAGAACCAAGUAGUGGACGUAGGUAAGAAGGCCUCCUUCCAGUGCAUCCCCGGCGGAUCGCCCGAGCCGGUCGCGUGGUACCGCAACGGUCGCCCAGUCGCUAGCGACUCCCGCUUCCAUCCUCAACAGCCCCGAGCGACUCACCAUCAUGCCGCUCUCCAAGACGACCACGGCAUGUACCAGUGUGUCGUCUCCAACGAUUGGGACAUGGCACAGGCGUCCGCCGAGCUCCAGCUUGGAGAUGCUAGUCCAGUUAGUGUACUGGUCUCAGAGCCUCUGCAGCCCGGGCCACCCCUCUCACUUAAAUGUGUGGCAACAGGAAAUCCCCCUCCACAGUUCAUUUGGACUCUGGACGGGUUCCCUGUACCGAUCCUAGCAGGUAAGUUUCUGGUCGGUCAGUAUGUGACAUUCAUGAUGAUGUCAUCAGUCAGUCACGUGAACAUAUCAUCGUUGAAAGAAGAGGAUGGAGGCGAAUACACGUGCAUCAUUUCAACCAAUGACAUGAAUGCAUCGGUUUCAGAUUUUAAACAU